UUAAUUGAACAAUCACAUGAUGAAUGAUAAAUGACAGCGUACUGUUAUACUUGUCUUGAGUGUUCCAAUUUCCAAAUUCUGAGACAAGAACAUGGAGGGGAUAAACCACAAGAUGAUCACCAUCAACAACAUCAACAUGCACGUUGCAGAGAUGGGCGAAGGCCCAAUUGUGUUACUACUUCACGGUUUCCCCGAGCUCUGGUACUCGUGGCGCCACCAGAUUCUCUUCCUGGCAGCCCACGGGUACCACGCGGUGGCCCCUGACCUCCGCGGCUACGGGGACACCACUGGCGCACCUCUACAUGAUCAUUCCAAGUUUACUACACUGCACGUUGUUGGUGAUCUGGUUGCGCUCAUUGAUACAAUGGGUGUAGAUAAGGUUUUUGUUGUUGGGCAUGACUGGGGUGCCAUGAUUGCUUGGAAGCUGUGUUUGUUUCGACCCGACAAAGUCAAAGCUUUGGUCAACUUGAGUGUUCACUUUGCUCCAAGAAAUCCUCAACGCAAAGUUGUUGAGAAUUUUCGUGCACUAUUUGGAGAUGAUCAUUAUAUUUGUAGAUUUCAGGAGCCAGGGGAAAUAGAAGCUGUGUUUGCAAGUGUUGGAACUAAGCAAGUGCUCAAGAAAUUCUUGACACACCGUGAUCCUGAUCCUUUUUAUUUCCCUAAAGAUAAACCCUUUGGAGAUGAACAUGAUACUCCAAUCGUCUUGCCAUCGUGGCUAACCGAAGAAGAUGUUGAUUAUUAUACUAAAAAGUUCGAGCAAACGGGCUUCACAGGAGGGAUAAACUACUACCGUUGUUUUGAUCUAAACUGGGAACUAGAAGCACCUUGGACAAAUGCUAAAGUAAUGGUACCAGUGAAGUUUGUUGUUGGGGAGUUAGAUUUGGUGUAUAAUAUCCCACAUGCUAAAGAAUACAUACACAAUGGUGGAUUUCAUAAAUAUGUGCCUCUAUUAGAGGAAGUUGUUGUGAUUGAAGGUGCAGCUCAUUUCAUCACUCAAGAAGUCCCUCAUAAAGUCAACCAACACAUCUUUGACUUUCUCCAGAAGUUCUAGAUUUGCUCUUGUAAUGCUCCUUUCAAUCCCCCAUAAUUUGAUAAAGUCAAUAAUCACAUUUUAUUCGCGAGUAAUAUCGAUUGUCUUAAGUUUUCCGUCCA